AUAUAACUAAUUCUCAAAACAAUGAUACAAAUUACCUCUUUAUAUCUUCUGAAUCAAGUUCAGUAUUAAAUAUUUUUGUAGAUAGUGAUAUUUCAAAAGAUCAAAAUAAUAUGCUAGAAGAACAAUCACAACAUUUAUUUGAUUCUGAUUCUUCUGAUCAGAAAUCUGAUGAUACAUGCUUACAAAUUAUGAAGUAA